AUGGGAUAUGAUUCUGAUAGCCCCUCGCGAGAUGAAGAUGACGAAGAAGAAUACGAGGAGUCUGGCAAGGGUAAUGGGUUAUUUGGGUUCAUGUUUGGAAAUGUUGAUAACUCUGGUGAUCUCGAUGCUGAUUAUCUUGAUGAGGAUGCAAAGGAGCAUCUCUCUGCAUUGGCUGACAAGCUGGGACCAUCACUGACAGAUAUAGAUUUGUCAGGAAAGUCACCACAUACACCACAUGGCAUUGUUGAACAAGACUGUGGUGAAAAGGCUGACAAUGCUGUUGAUUACGAAGAUAUUGAUGAAGAAUAUGAUGGUCCAGAGACUGAAACGGCAAAUGAAGAGGACUAUUUAUUGCCAAAAAAGGAAUUUUUCGCUGCCGAAGCCUCUCUUGAAGCUUUGGAACGCAAAACUUCCGUCUUCGAUGAUGAAAAUUAUGAUGAAGAAUCUGACAAGGAACAAGACUUAGAGAGUAAUGAUGCUAAAGUUGAUAACAUCUCUUUAGCUGUAGAGCAGGAGGAGAGCUUUGUAGAUGCAUCUAAAGGAGGGAGUGCUCUUGAGCAUGAUGUACAAGUUGGGUCUCCGCAGGCUGAAGAACUGGAUACUGAUGUUCAAAUACCUGAGGAAGGACCCGAAGCUUUAAAAAGAUCUAUGGCUACACCGUUGCCUGUAUUGUACGUGGACGAUGGAAAAGUAGUUUUACGUUUCUCUGAAAUCUUUGGUAUUCAGGAACCUCCUCGAAAGGGAGAAAAGAAAGAGCGUCGGCAUUCCACUCCUAGAGAUAGAUACAAGUCUUCGGAUUUAUCUGAUGAUAUUGUAGAAGAGGAUGAAGAGGAGUUCCUUAAAGGCUUCUCUCAGAGUCUCACACUCAGUAAACAGGUUUGUGUAAUCGAUACUGAUGUAUCAGAAAACGAUAAUGUUGACUUGGAAUUUCCAAAGUUUGGAUUUCUUCACGGAGAUGCCUCACUUACUGCCAAAGAUGACCGGCAACCAAAGGACUCUUGUCUUAGUGGUGAACCAAUGAAAGGGGAUUUCGCAGAUGAACUUUCUUGGAAAGAUCAUCCCCUCAUGUUGGCCAACUUUUAUCCUCUUGACCAGCGAGACUGGGAAGAUGAAAUCCUUUGGGGCAACUCUCCUGUUGCAAGUGAUAAUGAUAAUAAUAUCUGUGAAAUUUCUGGACCUGAAUUGAGAGCUUCUGGUGAUGGUGAAAUAGAAAUUGAAAGUGGGAUACAAAAUCUUCAGUCAGAUCCCCAUAAGAUACUGGAGAAGAAGGAUCAUAAUGUAUUCAUUUGCUGCUCUCCUGUUUCAUUGGACCCCUUUGACUCAAGGGAUUCUAAUGGGGCUAAAACCAAUUCAAUGCCCGAAAGUCCAUUUCAUCCCCAACUUCUGAGGCUAGAAGUAGACAGUUCUCAUCUUGCAGAUGAAAGAGGGGCAGAUAUAUCUGAGAAUCAUAAUCAAAGUGGUCAAGUAAAGCGUUUGACCAAGGUUAUGUCACAAAACAGAGAUCUCAUGGAUGACUCAUGGAUAAACAAGAUAAUGUGGGAAGAGCUUGACAGGCCUAAGGUGAAACCAAAGCUUAUAUUUGAUCUUCAGGAUAAUCAGAUGCACUUCGAAGUUCUGGAUAGCAAGGACGGUACCCAUCUUCGCCUUCAUGCUGGGGCUAUGAUCUUAGCCCGCUCUUUGAAUUCCACUAACGCGGACUCUUCUGAGCUACCGGGACUUGGAGGUCAAUAUGGAUGGAGACACGUUGCUAAUGACAAACAUUAUUCAAAUCGGAAAACUUCUCAGCAACUGAAAUCAAACUCAAAAAAGCGCUCUGCUCACGGUGUCAAAAUUUUUCACUCGCAACCUGCACUGAAACUGCAGACCAUGAAAUUGAAGUUGAGCAAUAAAGAUAUUGCAAAUUUUCACCGGCCUAGAGCACUGUGGUAUCCCCAUGAUAAUGAGGUGGCUGUUAAAGAACAAGGAAAAUUACCAACAAAAGGAUCCAUGAAAAUUAUUAUGAAAAGCUUGGGUGGUAAGGGGUGUAAACUGCACGUCAAUGCUGAAGAAACUAUCUCUUCUGUUAAAGCAAAAGCUUCCAAAAAGCUAGAUUUCAAGGCAUCAGAAGCAGUGAAAAUAUUUUAUUUGGGUGGGGAGCUUGAAGAUCACAUAUCACUUAUUGCACAAAAUGUUCAGCCAAACUCCUUGUUACAUCUUGUCCGUACAAAGAUACAUUUAUGGCCUAGGGCACAAAGAGUUCCUGGUGAGGACAAGUCGUUGCGUCCUCCGGGAGCAUUCAAGAAAAAAUCUGAUCUGUCUGUAAAAGAUGGACAUGUGUUUCUUAUGGAGUAUUGUGAAGAAAGGCCUUUACUUCUGAGCAAUGUUGGAAUGGGCGCAAGACUUUGCACAUAUUAUCAAAAAAGUUCACCGGAAGACCAAUCUGGGUCCUUAUUACGCAACACAGAUAGUAGCUUGGGGCAUGUUAUUUCUCUGGACCCUGCCGACAAAUCUCCUUUUCUUGGUGAUUUGAAACCUGGUAGCAGUCAGUCAUCACUCGAGACCAAUAUGUAUAGAGCACCCAUAUUUACUCAUAAAGUUCCACCAAAUGACUACCUGCUGGUUCGUUCUUCAAAGGGAAAGCUAUCAUUAAGGCGCAUUGAUAAAGUUAAUGUUGUUGGACAGCAGGAGCCUCUCAUGGAGGUGUUCUCGCCCGGAAGUAAGAAUCUUCAGACUUUCAUGAUGAACAGGCUAUUGGUACACAUGUGCCGUGAGUUCCAAGCUGCAGAGAAGCAGCACUUGUCUCCAUACAUUCGCAUUGACUACUUUCUUUCACAGUUUCCCUUCCUAUCAGAAGCCUCAUUUCGUAAGAGGAUCAAGGAAUAUGCUAAUUUACAGAGAGGUGCACAUGGGCAAUCCAUUUUUGUUAAAAAGCGUAAUUUCCGCAUGUGGUCGGAGGAUGAAUUGAGAAAAAUGGUGACACCAGAGCUUGUCUGUGCUUUUGAAAGCAUGCAAGCUGGCCUCUACCGCUUAAAACAUUUAGGAAUUACUGAAACACAUCCUAAUAAUAUUUCGUCUGCAAUGAGUCGGCUUCCUGAUGAAGCAAUAGCACUGGCUGCUGCAUCACACAUUGAGAGGGAACUGCAAAUUACUCCAUGGAACUUGAGUAGCAAUUUUGUUGCCUGUACAACUCAGGGUAAGGAAAAUAUUGAACGGAUGGAAAUUACUGGCGUUGGUGAUCCAUCAGGCCGCGGCUUGGGUUUUAGCUAUGCUAGGGCACCUCCAAAGGCACCAGUGUCUAGUGCAGUGGUGAAGAAAAAAGCAGCUGCUGGCAGGGGAGGUUCCACUGUUACUGGUACGGAUGCUGAUUUACGUAGAUUAAGCAUGGAGGCUGCACGAGAGGUACUUCUUAAAUUCAAUGUUCCUGAGGAAGUCAUUGCAAAGCAAACCAGAUGGCAUCGCAUUGCUAUGAUACGUAAACUAUCAAGUGAGCAAGCUGCGUCUGGGGUUAAGGUUGAUCCAACAACUAUAGGAAAAUAUGCCCGUGGUCAGCGAAUGUCCUUUCUUCAGUUACAGCAGCAGACCAGAGAGAAGUGCCAAGAGAUUUGGGAUAGGCAAGUUCAGAGUUUGGCAGCUUUAAAUGGUGAUGAUAAUGAGAGUGAUUCAGAAGGAAAUAGUGAUCUAGAUUCUUUUGCUGGAGAUCUGGAAAAUUUGCUUGAUGCUGAGGAAUUUGAAGAGGGAGAAGAAGGUACUAAUGACUUAAAACGUGAUAAGGGAGACGGUGUUAAGGGUCUUAAAAUGAGAAGGCGCACAACUUUGGCUCAGGCAGAGGAGGAAAUAGAAGAUGAAGCAGCCGAGGCCACUGAAUUAUGCAGGCUGCUUAUGGAUGAUGACGGAGCUUGCCGGAAGAAAAAGAAGAACACUGGGGUUAUGGUGGAUGCAAGAAGAUUGAUACCGAAACUACAACCAAAAUUUGUCUUUGACAGCACUGAACAAGUAAAGCAAAUAACAAAUGCAACAUUGCAACUCGAUGGAACUAAUCAUUUUAAGGAGGAUGCAAUUACAGAUCUUAGGGAGGAUGAUAAAUUUUCUUCUAAGAAAAGCAAAUCAGUUAAGGUCAAUAAAGCAAAGAAGAGUGACAUUUCACCUAUUAGUCUAUCAAAUAAAAAAAUCAAACUAAAUAUGGGAGAAGGAAUCAAGAACCAGGUAUUUAAGGAGAAAAAACCGUCAAGGGAAACUUUCGUUUGUGGAGCAUGUGGCCAGCUUGGGCACAUGCGAACGAACAAGAAUUGUCCGAAAUAUGGUGAAGAUCUAGAAGCACAACUUGAACCUAUGGACAUGGAAAAAUUAACUGGAAGAUCCAGCUUUGUUGAUUCUUCUAGCCAGUCUCAGCAUAAACUCUCCUCCAAAAAGUCAAUAUCAAAGAUUGUAACAAAAAUGGCUCCAGUUGAGAAUUCAACAAAAAUUCCGUUGAAGUUCAAAUGCAGUUCAACAGAGAAAUCUUCUGAUAGACCUGCAAUAGAAACCCUGCAGAGUUCUGACAAGCCAGUCACUUCUGACUCAGAAACUGCUAAGUCUGCUAAGAUUAGUAAGAUAAUUAUUCCAAACAAAGUGAAAUCAGAAGAUACACAGGCUGAAUCUCUUAAGCAUGCUAUUGUUAUACGCCCUCCUACUGAUCCAGGUAGAGGUCAGGUUGAUUCUCAUAAGUUCCCAAUUAAAAUCCGUCCGCCUGCAGAAAUAGAUAGGGAGCAAAGUCACAAAAAGAUUGUUAUAAAGCGUACAAAGGAUGUUGCUGAUCUGGAACUUGACAGUCCUGGUGGAAACACACGACUUGAAAACAGAAAAACUAAAAGAAUUGUGGAAUUGGCGAAUUUUGAGAAGCACAGAAAGCAGGACACCAUGUAUUCAACUGAAAGUAUGGUAAAAUGGAAUCCUAAAGAGGAUAGAAGAUGGUGGGAAGAACAAGAGAAACGAAGAAAUGAAGUGAGACUUAGAGAAAAGAAUGCAAAGAGGUAUGGCACAGAAGAAAGGAAGAUGCGCAAGGAACGAGAAAGGUUAGAUGAGUUAAAAAGAUAUGAACAAGAAAGGUUAGAUGAGUUAAAAAGAUAUGAAGAAGAUAUUAGAAGAGAGAGGGAAGAGGAAGAACGACAAAAAGCUAAGAAGAAAAAGAAAAAGAGAAAGCCCGAUUUAAGAGAUGAGUAUUUAGACGAUCCCAGGGAAAGAAGAUAUGGUAAGAGGAUGCUAGAAAGAGAACGAAGUGGAAAACGGAGAUCAGUUGUUGAGACAGGAAAGAUUAGUGGAGAUUUUCUGCCGCCAACUAAACGCCGAAGAGGGGGAGGAGGAGAGGUUGGUUUGGCAAAUAUCUUGGAGAGUAUUGUGGAUGCCAUUGUGAAAGACAGGCACGAUCUGUCUUAUCUCUUUGUGAAACCAGUGCCCAAGAAAGAGGCCCCUGACUACCUGGAUAUCAUAGAGACACCUAUGGAUCUUUCAAAAAUCAGGCAACGGGUACGUAAUAUGGAGUACAAAAGUCGCGAAGACUUCAGACAUGAUGUAUGGCAAAUUACUUUUAAUGCCCAUAAAUAUAAUGAUGGACGAAAUCCUGGAAUCCCUCCAGUUGCGGAUAUGCUUUUGGAAUAUUGUGAUUAUUUGUUGAAUGAGAAUGAUGAUAAUCUUACUGCCGCUGAAGCUGGCAUUGAAAUUAAAGAUUUCUAA